UAGAUAGAGCUGGAGACUGACAAGCCGAGAGGAACGCGCAGGAGUUGGACGUUCUGAAAAAAAGUGCGGAACCGGAUUAACCGCCCAGAACCGCGAACCGAACCGAACCGAACCGUCUCCGUCCUGCUGGAGCUGGAGUUUAAUACAGAAUAACGCCGUCUCGUCCUGUCCUGUCUCGUCUCGACUUGUCUUUGCAGAGAACUGUACACGCAUGACAUCUCUGGACUCGGCUUCCAGGGAGACCAGGUUUCCCGCGGGAACGCGACUCGUUACCAUAGCAAUAAGAUCGCCAAUUAAUCUGUCUCCUAAUUACAAUGCUCCUGUCACUGGGGUUCUGGACUCGGUCGCCUUUCUGACUCGAUAACCUUUUUUUUUUCUUUUCUUUUUUUUCUGGGGGGACAAUCAGAGCACAUCUGGAUACCUGAGCUCUCCUCACUUCGUGGGAUAAUUAAUUUAAUUAACAAUUUCUUUAUUAAUUAUCAAUAUCUCUGAGGGGAAAAAUACAUAUACAUAUCUAUAUAUACAAGCGAAGAUGUCGACCAAAGAAAUGAAAGAAAAACAGUCAACCACUGAACGUAUCGUUAAAAGCGUGCCCCUCCCGCCUCACCAGCGGCUCACCAUGAAGGAGCUGUUCGUGAACGGCAAGCCCAGCACCGAGCUGCUGAAGAGCCACCUGGUGAAAGAGGGCCGCUUGGAGGAAGAAGUCGCCUUGCGCAUCAUCAACGAGGGCGCCGGCAUCCUGCGGCAGGAGAAGUGCAUGCUGGAGGUGGAGGCGCCCAUCACCGUAUGCGGUGAUGUCCACGGCCAGUUCUUUGACCUGAUGAAGCUUUUCGAGGUGGGAGGGUCACCAGACAACACGCGCUACCUCUUCCUCGGCGACUACGUUGACCGAGGCUACUUCAGCAUCGAGUGCGUGCUCUACCUGUGGGCGCUGAAGAUCAACCACCCGACCACGCUGUUCCUGCUCAGAGGCAACCACGAGUGCCGGCACCUCACCGAGUACUUCACCUUCAAACAAGAGUGUAAAAUAAAGUACUCGGAGCGCGUGUACGACGCGUGCAUGGAAGCGUUCGACUGUCUGCCCCUCGCCGCGCUCCUCAACCAGCAGUUCCUCUGCGUUCACGGAGGCCUUUCACCCGAAAUCAACUGCUUAGACGACAUCAGGAAGUUAGACAGGUUUAAGGAGCCGCCGGCGUUCGGGCCGAUGUGCGAUCUGAUCUGGGCCGACCCGGGCGAGGAUUACGGCAGCGAAAAGACCUCGGAGCACUUUAACCACAACUCGGUGCGCGGCUGCUCGUACUUUUUCAGUUACCCUGCUGUCUGUGACUUCCUGGCAAACAACAACCUGCUGUCAGUGAUAAGAGCGCACGAAGCCCAGGACGCGGGGUACAGGAUGUACAGGAAGAGCCAGACCACCGGCUUUCCCUCGUUAAUCACCAUUUUCUCCGCUCCUAAUUACCUCGACGUGUACAACAACAAAGCUGCUGUCCUGAAGUACGAAAACAACGUCAUGAACAUCCGUCAGUUCAACUGCUCACCUCAUCCCUACUGGCUGCCCAACUUCAUGGACGUCUUCACGUGGUCGCUGCCCUUCGUCGGCGAGAAAGUGACCGAGAUGCUGGUCAACGUGCUGAACAUCUGCUCGGAUGACGAGCUCAUGUCAGAGGCAGACGACCUGUACGAAGGUGGAGCCCCAGCAGCUCGUAAGGAGGUGAUCAGAAAUAAAAUCCGUGCCAUCGGCAAGAUGGCCAGAGUUUUCUCCGUGCUCAGAGAGGAAAGCGAGAGCGUUCUGACCCUUAAAGGACUGACCCCGACCGGGACGCUACCACUGGGAGUGCUGUCUGGAGGCAAACAGACUUUACAGAAUGCCACGCUGUUGGCGAAGGAGGGCAAAGCUAUCCAAGGCUUCUCCCCGACACGGAAGAUCCGCAACUUCGAGGAGGCGCGUGGCCUCGACCGGAUAAAUGAGCGAAUGCCGCCACGGAAGGACGGCCAGCGCGGUCCAGGCACGCUCGUGACGGAAAAGAACGGCACAGACGUGACGGUGUAAGGAACGCUGCGCUCCACCUCCUUCUCCGUCACAGUGUUCAAUCUCUCUCUGUUAAGCUUUACUGUAGAGAAAAAAAACAGGACACCUCCUAUCGUAUCGGAGAAGCCAGGACUCCUGACAUGAGUCCAGAGAGUGAGGACAAUUCACUCACCACUACGAGAUUUCAUUGUUCAAACGACAUGUAUUGAAUAUUAUGUGUACGUGCUAGCAGUGUUUUCAACCAUGGACGAGUCUUCGAGACGCCUCCGGAUCUCUUUCCGUUCCCCCAUCCCCCCCAGGGGCGAGACAUUUACAGGGUCGCCUGUUUAACCCCAAAUACCUUUUCUUUUUAUAAUUAUUUUUUUUUACCUUGGUCAUGUAGAAAGGGUGGAAACGAUGACGGCUUUCAAAGUGUCUCAUGUUUACAGUUGCUUGACCAGAGGUCAUGGGAGUCCAAACUGAUAAAGUCAUCUUAAAAUCAAGCCGGGUUCUGUUUAAUUAACAGUUUACAAAUUUUAAUAUUAAUUCUUUUCACCCACACUUGACCACAAACGAACUAUGUUUUUAACUACGAAGCUACAAAACAUAGAUUGAUGACAACGUCUUUACGGCAUAAGAUUUUAAGUAACACGAUUGUUUCUAUGUAUUAAUAUAAAAACUCUAAUUGUUUUGCUAUGUAUUAAAGGAAGUACCUGUCGUGUUCCAUAUUGUGUUAUUGGAAAGUAAAGCCCAAAACCAAAGAUUGCAGAUAAGACAUGUUUGGAUGGCUUUGCAUUGGGUGAAGCUUUGUAACCAAGUGGACUGUGCUAAACAUUGACCAUGGCUGAGGCGUCCCUUUAAGGAGAAAAAAAUAUAUAUAGGAGUAUCCCCAGAGCCAAAACCUUUCCUUGAAGUAUUUUACAUUGUGGGGUAGUAAGCAGUUACAAUCUUGUGUGUUUGUGUAAAACUUUAAGAAAGCCGGUUCGUUUUUAACUCUACACAAGGCUCGCCGUGCGGUGUCGAGCCUAACCGUGUCCUCUCUUUAACACUUGCUUUCAAAGAUUGUGAUAUUUUAUACGUGUUUGUUGAUUGUAAUUCUGGAAAACGUUUGUAAAUCGAAGGAGAAAUGGGAAAUGCUCCCAAGCGUUUAUUCUUCACAGGGAUAAUAUAUACAGUAUAUAUCCUGGAGGAUUUUUUUGAGAUAUUAUAUACUUAAUUAACGUUGAUGGUACUGUAUCUUAAAAUAUUCACAUAUUUGUGAUACCUGCUUUCGUGCUGUACUGAAGAGAAUUGUGUAUGUUUUGAAUUUGAUCCGAUUUACCAGAACGGUCUUUAAGCAGGGGCGCGCCAAUCAGCACACUAUACCUCCAUGUUCCCAAGUGUCUGAUGGGAAACCGUGUGAUUUUAUUCAAGCUUGGAGAUGUUGUCUAGCUUUUAUCGGAGUAUCGUCAGCUUUUAUAGUGAACUUUUUAACUUUGCUACAUGAAUUUCUGAAAAGCUGUGUACCUCUUGUGUCUGAAUGAAGGAAACGGCUUUGUAGAUUAAAAAAAAAAAAACAUGAGGGAAAAUUCCAGCUGGAGUUAAAACCCGGAUUAGUUCCCCUUUUUGAUUAUUUGGUUUAUAUAUAGAAAUCAGCAAAAUCUAAAUUCUAACGCGUCCUAGAACUAUAUACUGUAGAUGUUUGUCAGUACAUUUGUACGGUAUAACAUACGAUUAGAUACUACUUUUCAGGUUUACAACAAACAAGCAAACAGACGGAAAAAAAAUGGCUGUGGGCGGGAACACACUCACUCAGUCAUUUUCUAUACCGCUUUAUCCUGUAUUCAGGGUCGCGGGAACCUGAAGCCUAUCCUGGGAGGCUUAGGGCACGAGGCAGAGUACACCCUGGACAGGGUGCCAAUCUAUCGCAGGGCACACACACAUGAUGCUGGCAGAGAUAAUGUCAGGGUGUGGUGUGCACCUUGUUGUUCAGAAAUGGUACCUUGUCUGAGCAGCGGCUUUCUAACUCUUAGUUAGUAGCGCCUUUGUUUGCUUAAGGAAUGCCCUCAAUUCUCCACCGGUGCAUAAUGAAGCAGCUUUGGGUUUUAAUCGCAGCUUUUAAUUUUAAUUCUUAACAAGGAAAGAAAGUAAAUAUAUGAAUUGCGGUGGAGUACCUCAGGGUUCACUUCGUGGCCCUUUAAAGAUUCACGCACAUCCACUUAUAAGUCCAGAGCAGCCAUGCCACUACAGUAUGUAACUUAUUGGUUUUGUUUAGUUUUUUCUUUGCUUACACCUCGCUUUUUUAUGAAGGAAAUGAUAGACCUGUGCACUGCUUUACCCGAACUAUACAGAUUAAAGCGUCAGGGCCCGAGUCUCAGUGGCCCUGAUUUCACUCGUGAUACGUGCAAUGUAGAGAAUCUGUUUUUAAAGUAGAUGAGGGAAAUGAGUCACGUUGUGAAGGACAUAUUGCACACAACGACAACAGGUCAUUAAAGGAUGAGCGGUAACUUUGCUCAAAUAUUUAUAAGGUGGCGGCAUCAGUUUAUUCUUGAUUUUAUCUAGAUGUUCCACUGAAGAGAGAAAAAAAGAGAAAUAAAAUGUGUUACACUGUGUAAGUGUUAUCAUAUUUGGUUUGUUUCAUUUUGUUCUGGGUUUAAACUGGGUUUUCAUCAUUUGAAGUGAAUAUAAUUUAAA